CUUAUAUCACAUCGAAUAUUCUAUGGUAAUAAACAAUAAUAAUAUUGAUGUGUCUUUUGUAAUUUGUAACUUAUUAAUUGGUAUCUAUUAUUGUUGUUGACUAUUGUUCUAAAUUUUAAUUAUUCGGAACGGAGACACGGGUACACGUUGACUCACCACAUGCCGUCCACUAUCGUCUCGAUAUUUAACAUAUUAUUUCUAUCCGUCACUAUUUUUUGCUGAAGUCCGUUGACUCUUCGCCUGCGCGCCCGUGUUCCGGCCAUGUUCUGAAACCAAAGAAAAGUUCGAUUUUUCCUCCUAAAGGUCUUACACAUUGAAGUACCGACCGACCAUGUCCCGGGUCCGCUCGUCGACGGUGUUCGUCCUGGCUUUUGUCGUCCUGACGUUUUUGGCGUCGGUCGCUCAAGUGGCAGCCAGGAUACACACACUGCCGAUACACAAUGACGAUCGGCGGUUCAUAGCGUUGUCCACUUUUGGAUUUUACCCUGGUGGAUUGUUGGAAGUGGAAAUAAGGGACUUUUACCUGCCUCCCAAUAGCUUACAAGAAACCCAUGGCUUGCUACUUGAAAAGUCCAUAUUUGAUGAAGGAAAUCCUUAUAUUGAUUCUCUAGAAGAAAUCUGUCCGAUUGAAUCACCCAAUUUAUUUGAGGCACGAAAGAAUUUGGCAGUUUUCAGAUUUAAUUUUCCUAAAAAACUCGUUACAAUUAAUUGCUCAGAUUCCAUGGAGCCAUUUUAUUUAUUCAAAAACAUGGAUGAUUUAAAAAACCACCAGAGUGAUAUUGAAGAUGAUACUAUAACAAGACGCUGUGUUAACACAACUUUACCAAUUUUAAAUGGCACUCGACCAGACAAUUUUAAUAUAAAGUUUAUUGUAUAUAUGAAAACAAAAUCAAAUGAAGGAUUGUAUAAUUUGUAUUAUCAUAACUGUCCAAAUUACGCUAUGAUGCCAAAGUCUAAACAAAGUUUUACGGUCACUAUAAGAGAGAGUAAUGCUAAUGGGAAUUAUUUAUCAGCUGGUGACAUGCCAUUGCCAUCAUUAUAUUUUUCUAUGUCGAUUAUAUAUUUUAUCACUGGUGUAUUGUGGAUUUAUUUCUUGUAUAGAAGCACUUAUCCUGUCUAUAAAAUACACUACCUAAUGGCUUUAUUAGUGUUUCUAAAAGCAGCAACUUUAUUUUUCCAUGGUUUGAAUUUCCAUUUCAUUCAAGUCAAAGGGCAACAUAUUGCCACAUGGGCGUUUGUCUACUAUGCGAUCCAUUUAUUGAAAGGAUCAGUUUUAUUCAUUACAAUUGUUCUCAUUGGCACUGGUAUGACAUUUGUCAAACAUGUUUUGUCGGAUAAGGACAAGAACAUUUUUAUGAUUGUUAUACCUUUACAGGUAUUAGCUAACAUAGCCUAUGCUAUUAUUCAAGAAUCUGAAGAAGGAGAUAUGCAGCAUAACGCUUGGUUGGAUUUAUUUUUACUUGUUGAUUUCAUGUGUUGUGCUGCUAUUUUAUUUCCCAUUCUUUGGUCUAUUCGACAUCUACAAGAAGCAUCACAGACAGAUGGUAAAGCAGCAAUAAAUUUACGCAAACUCAAAUUAUUUCAACAAUUUUACGUUAUGUUAGUUUCUUAUAUUUACUUCACACGCAUAUUGAUAUAUAUGCUUAGAAUGACAGUUCCAUUUCAUUUAUUAUGGCUUAAUGAAUUCUCCAGAGAAACAGCGACCUUUAUUUUCUUUGUGAUGACUGGAUAUAAAUUCCGACCGACAAUUGCAAAUCCUUAUUUCCAAGUAGCAUCAGAUGUUGACGAUGACGAUACAGACAUUGUAAUAAGUCAUUUUGGAUCUGGUGUAAACAAUCGUUCUAGAAAGAAAGCAAACAGCACUGGAGAAAUUGCUGAGGACGAAAUCAUGUUAGUGGAGUCAUCAUCGUGAUAUAAUAGAUAUUGUAUUUCUAUGGUACCAAGACUGAUCCAAUUGAUCCAUGAACCUUUACUGUGUCUUCUAGUCUUCUAAGAGUAGACAAAACUGUUCAUUUGUACAUAUUUGUACUCAACUAUCGCACAACGUUUUACUGUUUGUUUAUUUAUGUAAUAAAUAUAAGUCAAUCACUUUGUUACAAUAUUGUCUAUAAUAUGAGGUUUGAUUGAUUUUUUUUGUAUUUUAUUAUAAAGUUCAUGUUCCUUAGA